AUGGAACCUGGAAAACACGUGAGAGAAAGACACUGCCUCCGCAGCUGGCGGUCUCGCCUUGCUGUGGCCGCUCUUGUCUUUGUUGUUCUUCUCGCAACCAUUCUCCCACCCGCAAUUAUAGUCAGUUCCCGCAAGGAUAAUAAUAACAUGGGCCCGAAAGCAAAGGUCUUUGUCCUUCUCUAUGUGUACCCCGCUCCUGGUGCGUGGGAUCCGCUGGUGAAUGUGAUCUCUGCCCACCCCAACGUCAACUUCACGGUUGUGGAAAUUCCUCGGUUAACGGCCCACGGCAACGUUCGCGUAUUGGGAUAUGUUGCUACGACGUAUGCGAAGCGCAAUAUUUCGUCAGUGCGCAACGACAUCGAGACUUUCGCCGCAUGGCCGACCAUUAGCGCCAAUCCCAAACUCGCGGUUCGGGGGAUAUUUUUCGACGAAACGCCUCAACAGUAUGAUGAGGGGACAUUUGCGUAUCUCGAAGAGCUCACCACGAUCGUGAGAAGCACCCCAGGCUUGGGGCCCGACCAUUUCGUCUUCCAUAACCCCGGAGUAGUGCCAGACUCUCGCUACCUGUCGACAGCUGACUCGACUGUUGUGUUUGAGGCAACUUAUGACACCUUCCACGAGCGCGAUGGAGCCAGGCUGUUCGAGGCAAUACCCGACAGCGACCGCAGCCAGCUCUGUGCGGUGAUCCACUCGCUGCCAGACGGCGUGGAAGGGUCAGAGCUGCGAGAAUUUGUGAAGCAAGUGCGACGAAUUGCAGAUGAGGUCUUCAUUACCCAUCUCAGCACCAAUUACUACGCCAGUUUUGGUGGCAAAUGGAAGGAAUUUGUUAGCCUUAUGGCCCAAUAA